AUGGGGCUUCAUAACUGGCCUGGCGAGUAUGCGGCAGAUAUCCUUACACAUCUGGUACUGCACCUUGGGUGUGGUUCACGAGUCCUUGUUGAAGCUGUGGCUCCUUCGAACACAGCCGCACUACCGUUUGAAGCGCUGAGCCAUAUGCUCAAUGCUGCAGACAUGCCUAUGAUGCAGUUCUUCAAAUCUCAAAAGCGCAGCUUGCAGGACUGGACCAGUCUGCUCGCAAAGGCAGAUGAGCGGUUGACUGUCACGUAUGUAUCAGAAGUUCCCGGGUCUGUGCACCGGUUCCUUGAAGUUGGACUUCGUACAUAG